GCUACAAUGAGCAGCUUCCUAGACUACUCGGUGAUGAGCGGUGACGGUGGCUCAUGCUCUGUCAGGGCUUUCCACUCGGACCACGGGAUUACAACUUUCCAGUCCUGCGCGGUUACCGUCAACAACUGCGGGUCGGAUGACCGUUUCAUGCCCAACAGGGCUUCCCCAGACGGCAUUCAUCACCAGCCGGGGUCCUACCAAUCUACAGCGGGCUCUUUGGGUCUCACCUACGGGGCCCAUCCGGCCUGCAGCUCCAGCUACGCACCCCAGAGUUUCUGUGCUACAUAUAACCAUUACGCGCUCAACCAGGAAGUAGACUCGGCCGCGGGUUUCCCCCAGUGCGGCCCACUAAUGUACUCGGGAAACAUUUCCUCCUCCAUGGUCUCUCAGCAUCGCCAAGGCUAUGGUGCCGCCCCUCUGGGUCAGCUCCAGUAUGCCCACAGCACCUAUGGCAGCGGGCACGAGCAGCCAAACCUGCCCCCUUUCCCUGGAUGCUCGAACCCGCUGUCGCCUCUGCACGCUGCUCACCUGGAAGCUUGCUGUUCACCUCUGUCUGAGAGCGCCUCCUCUGCACAGACCUUCGACUGGAUGAAAGUCAAGAGGAACCCCCCCAAAACAGGAAGGUCGGGGGAGUACGGCUAUGGGGGUCAGCCCAACACUGUCCGGACAAAUUUCACCACCAAGCAGUUGACCGAGCUGGAGAAAGAGUUCCACUUCAACAAGUACCUGACCCGGGCGCGGCGUGUAGAGAUCGCGGCUGCUCUGCAGCUGAACGAGACUCAGGUGAAAAUAUGGUUCCAGAACCGGAGAAUGAAGCAGAAGAAACGGGAGAAGGAGGGGCUGCUGCCGACCAAAGCUCCACCCUCCGACCCGGGUGAGAGUAUUCAGGAGAAAAUGGACGAUGCAGCGUCAGAUAAGUCUCUCUCGGCCCCGUCCACCCCAUCUCCUCCAUCCUCCACGGUGUCUUCCACGGGAGCUGAUCCAUACUCCUCCAACUAA